CUUAUAUCGGAGAGAGAGACGGAGAGAUAAUCAAUAAUCUUUUUUCUUUUCUUUUCAAACACUCGUUCGUUCGGGACGGACGAAUGGGCGAUCGGCUGCGAAUUGACAGCGUCGAUGACAGCUUGCCGCAUCGAGAGGACCGCACGUACACACUCGUACAGACACGCACACGCACAUAAAUACGUCUCGUACGUGUUUGUUGCGAGCGCGCAGCUUCGCGCGUAAGCAAAAAUAUGCGUGCGGGUCCAAAUGUCGAAAGUGUAAACGCAGAUAGGUCUGUUCUUCAACGUAGGGAGGGGGAGAGAAUAAUCUCGUGAUUUCUGAAGAUCCUUCAACAAAAUUCUUUCAUCUCGAAAACCACGCGCAUAAACAAAGAGACCAUCCAGGGAGAGAGGGAAUUCUCGUCGUUAUCGGCGACGCAGGACGCACCAUUGACAGCGCACGGACCGACACGUAUACGUACGAUAUAAUAAUUCUCGCCCGUCUGACAGUUCUCCCCGCGGCGUCUCCUAAGGGCCGAUCCUUCGUCCUCCAACGUCGUCGUCGUCGGCGGCGACUCCUGGAGGAGGGUCAAACCGGCCGGUGGGAUCCACGGGGGAUAGACGAUCGAAGGGGGGAGGGUGGGGAGCGGAUUAAUUGAAUUUCCACCCGCGGCGUGAACGAUGUAUCGCGGUGGUUGGCCCCUUCACAGCCGCUUCAUCUUUUAUCGCGCUGCCGAUGGCGCUGCUGAUCGCCCGUCCGUCCGUCUGUCAGUCAGUCAGUCCUCUCUCCUUCUCUCUCUCUUUCGGAUUUUUAUUAAUAAAUCUGUCACUCCGGCUCGCACUUACCACUCGCGCGCGUGUUAAUUAAAAGUUCGACGCACAGAACGGAACGUGAUCCACCACCUCUUCGCCGUCCGUUUUAUUAUCCCCUCAUUCGUCGAUCGUCCGGAGACACCGUCGUCGCCGACACCGCCGAAGAGCAUGAAGUCACGAGGGACUGUAGGGUCGCGACGUGGACGCGAGAAGGCUGCGGAGCGACCGCAGCGCCGCCUGGCGGGAGAAACGCGAACUACCGGCGAUGACGUCACCCGCGGUGCGGACUCGCCUGCAGAGCUGCUGAACUCUCGCGGCUGAACUUCCUGCACUUUGGUUGUGCAUGAAAGUGCGGUUGAAAUGAGGGAACUUGAGUUCAUGAGAUUGAAGAUAAAGAAGUACACGUGCGACGAUAUCGAAAAUCAUGAAGAACUUGGCGGUUCAUGGAAUACGACGUCGAAAUGUCGAACGUUUGAAAGAUAUUGCUGUGGGAUACGAUUUUCGACCUUUGCAACCUGUACAUUGUGUGCUCAAUUCGAAUAAUGAAUUAUACAUUUUAUUUGACAAUCAACGACUCUAUAGGAUAUCGACUCUGGAUGAUAGAAAUGAAGAUGUUGAUAGUAGCAUUGUUGCUGAUAUUUGUGGAGAUGAAAAUUGCAAGGUUGUUGGAUUUGAGUAUUGUGUCACAAAGCAGGAGAUGUAUUGCGCAUAUGAAUCUGGUGUUAUUGUCAAAUUGAAUACAACAGAUAAACUUUCUUUUGAACAUUUCGAACAAGAGAUGAUUAUGUGUACUGCCGAUCUAGAAUGUAUGAAACUUAGUCCAGAUAAUGAGAUCAUUACAGCUGUAACGGUUGACGGAAUUUUGUAUGUCGCUAUGGUGUCUGAUUUUGAUAUAAUAUCAGAGGUGAAUUUAUACUCGGAAGACUUUGGAGAAAAACAGUUUGUUACUGUUGGUUGGGGCAAAAAAGAGACUCAGUUUCAUGGUUUGGCAGGGAAAGCAGCAGCCAAAGUUAAACAAGAACAACUAAGUUCAAACGAAUUUGAUGAUUGUCGUCCUCGAAUCACUUGGCGCGAAGACGGUGCUUUAUUUGCCGUCAGCUUCCUGAAUGACUUAUCGACAAUUCGACAGUUUAAAGUAUUUGAUCGAAAGGGUACUUUAUAUUAUACCUGCGAACCAACUAACGGAUUGGAAGAAUGUUUAGCUUGGCAACCAUUAGGAAACCUAAUUGCCACAACUCAAAGAUUAGUCAAUAAACAUGUGGUUGCACUAUUUGAGAAAAACGGUCUUAAAUACGCGGAAUUUCCGCUUCCCUUUGCACCGAGAGAAGUAAAGGUGAAAGAUCUACUUUGGUCACCAAAUUCAGACAUCUUGGCUAUCAUUUGCGAACCUUUCGAAACAUUAAAUACAAUACUACAGUUGUAUACAGAGAAUAAUUGUCACUGGUAUCUAAAACAAACUAUCACUUUUUCUGUAGAGAAUCCAUUGAUAUAUGCAAUAUGGAGCACUGAAAACUAUGAAAAACUAAUUCUUUUGACAUUAAAAGAAAUUAUAUUUUGCUCUUUUAAUUGGUGCGUGAAUCAUAGUCGAGGCAAAACUGUAGAUGACAAUACCGUGGUUGCUGUUAUUGAUGGAAACAAAACGCUAGUUACUAGUUUCAGAGAUGGAAUUAUUCCACCGCCAAUGGCGCAUCAAUUUUUACAGAUGCAAGAACCAGUAAAUGCUAUUGCCUUUGCACCAAGUAACAACGAUAAAACAUCUUUGAUAAACAGUAAUAUGUUUUGUACUGUAUCAUGGAGUAACAAGUUGACGUUUUUCAAACGAAUUAUGGAUUCUUCUAUAACGGAAUAUGAAGUUUUAUGGUCAUACAAUAUUGAAUUUUCAACUUUAAGUAUAAUGGGAAUUGAUAAUUGUGUAUAUGCCAUGCAUCAUUUAUUAUGGCUUGCAGAAGAUAUUAUAUUAUUCUCUAUAACUACGAAUGAACAUAAUCUCUUGUGCAUUUUGUCUCUUGAUGCAAUACUAAAGGGAAAAAAAAUAAUUAAAUUAAAUUCUGAAGAGAAUAUUUUGGCAAUACAGAAAGUUUUUUUUGUAGAAAAUUCUAUAGAAAACAUAAUUCCUUCAUCCGAUAUAAAUGCGGCUUAUAUAAUGAUGAAUCGUGGUGAAGUAUUCAAAUAUACCAGAGGUGCAAACAAACUUGAGUCGCAAAAUAUGAUUCUAAGAGAACGACACCUUUAUUAUGUGGAAGUUGUAAAAGUGGAAGUUAUAAAAAUUGACUUAAAAGACAUUAUUAUUGCUCUAUUUUGCACAAAUUGUCUCUCGAUUGAUGGAAAAGAAAUUGCGAAGAAUAUUACGAGUUUCUACGUACAUUCCGAUUUCUUGCUUCUCACAACACAGCAACACACAUUGAUUUGUGUUCCAUUAAAUGAAAGCGGUAUACAGCAGUUGAGUAAACACGACUUGACUGUCAAGCCUUGGGAAAAUGGCAGUAACGAAAUAUCACUUGCAGAUAUCUAUAUCAGACGGGUGGAGAAAAAUUCUCAUUUAAUAGCAGCGAUAUCUCAAGACUCGAAGACAAUUUUACAGAUGCCUAGAGGAAACUUGGAAUGCAUAGAACCAAGGGCACUAUCGUUGCAUAUAUUAAAAUCUUAUCUCAAUAACUGCAAUUAUCAGACAGCGUUUCACAUAAUGAAGAAACAACGUAUAAACUUGAAUUUAAUAUACGACCACGAUCCGAAACUGUUUAUGGAUAACGCAGAAAAGUUUGUAGAAGAAAUCACGAAUUCAGGUUCCUUAAGUCUGUUUUUGUCAGAGUUGCAAAACGAAGACGUUACUAGGACGAUGUACGCGAAUUGUUACUCGAGUCGUCCUGUAGGAUGGAUCACGACAUCAGGAAGUGACGAGACUAAAGUUAACAAAGUUUGUAAAUUAUUGAGAGAUAUUAUGGAGCGACGACAUGACGCGGGUAAUCUGAUACAACCGAUAUUGGUGAGCUUGGUGAAAAAUCACGAAAAACAAGGAUUAGAAAAAGCACUUGCUAAAGUAAAACAAGUCAAGUUACUCGAGGAUUCACAAAAGUCAGUGCGAUUUCGUUCUUCCACAUCUGCCGAGGAUGCGCUAAAGUAUCUGCUACAUUUUGUGAACAUAGAUAUUUUAUAUGACAUCGCAUUAGGCAUGUAUGACUUCGAACUGGCAAUGUUUGUGGCCUCCAAAUCAUCGAAAGAUCCCAAAGAAUAUAUUCCAUACUUAAAUAGCUUGAAGAAACUAAGUGAAAAUUACAUGAAGUAUUCCAUUGAUAUGCAUCUUAAACGCUAUGAAUCAGCACUCGAACAUAUAUCCAAAGAUUCGACCAAGUUUGAAGAGUGUUUUAAUUUAGUACUUCAUCAGAAAUUAUACUCAAAGGCAUUGAAAUUGUUUAAGAUAGGUAGUACAGAACAUAAAAGGAUUGCUCGAGCUUAUGGAGAAUUUUUAUUAAUUAAAACGAAGUAUCAAGAAGCCGGUAUGAUGUUUUAUAGAAGUGGCGAUCUCGACAGAGCUUUCAAGGCAUUUUGUACAUUAGGCGAUAGUUGGCAGGACGCAAUCGCGGUAUCGAGAGAAAUGAAAUUAAGUUCUAGUGAUUCACGUGAACUUUAUGAACUACUAGUGAAAUGCUUAAAGGUGGAACGAAAUUAUGAGGAUGCAGCUACAAUACUGAAAGAUUACUUAAACGACGUUGAAGAAGCUGUUGCAAUAUUGUGUGAGGGAAAAAUUUGGAAACGUGCCAUAAGAAUAGCACAUGAUGUUCAACGUCUCGAUCUGUGUGAGACACAUAUUAAACCUGGAGUAAUGGAACACGCGGAACAUGUAAUGUUGCAAUUGGAUAGCUUUAAAGAAGAUUUUCUUAGACAUAAGUCGCGUCUUGCGUCGAUAAGAUCAGAAAUAAGCGCGAGACAAAUGCGAUCUUUUAGUGAAUCAAUCUGUGACGAACCGGUAUUCGGCAAAGAAAUUACAGAUUCUCUUAGUGAAACAAGCAGCAUCGCAGGUUCUGUUUCAAGUAAAAAAUCGCGAACGUCUACAGCUUCCAGGAGAAGCUAUCGAUCAAAUAAAAAUCGUAGAAAGCAAGAAAGGAAGCUUUUAAGUUUAAAGGAGGGCAGUACGUUUGAAGAUUUAGGUCUAAUACACGCUCUUUAUCAAAUUAUUACUACUACGUAUAAAAAUAGAGAUGAAUGGUCUCGACUUGUACAAACGUUGAUACGCUUCGAAUUUGAUGAAUGCGCGGAGAAGCUCCUCAGUAAAAUAAAUAACUUUUUCAAAUUAGUGGAGAGUAGUAAAUCUGAAAUUUGGAAUAAAUCAGCCCCUACAAGUUUAACCGAGCUGGAAAAAAUGACAAUUUAUACACCAGCACAAAUACAAGAAAUUACUGCACCUAUUAAAUUAGUGGAACGAUACAUUACACAUCCACCAGAAACUGAUAUAACAUCCUGCGUUUCAGAUAUUUUCUAAAAAAAUUUUUUAAACAAAUAUACGCUCUUUUUCUCCU